AUGUGGCAGCUUUUAGCAGCAGCAUGUUUCUCACUUCUUCCUGGACCUAUACAUGGAUAUAAGAAAGGAAUCACCACAAAUCCUGAAGCUCAUAUGAAUAUUAGUCAAAUUAUUACUUACUGGGGCUAUCCUUAUGAAAAGUAUGAUGUUGUGACAAAGGAUGGAUAUAUCCUUGGUAUUUAUAGGAUUCCUCAUGGAAGAGGAUGCCCAGGGCCAACUGCUCCAAAGCCUGUUGUGUAUCUGCAACAUGGCUUAAUUGCAUCUGCCGGUAACUGGAUUUGCAACCUGCCAAACAAUAGCCUGGCCUUCCUUCUGGCUGAUAAUGGUUAUGAUGUGUGGUUAGGAAAUAGCCGAGGAAAUACCUGGUCCAGAAAGCACCUUAUAUUGUCACCCACAUCUGCUGAAUACUGGGCCUUCAGUUUGGAUGAGAUGGCUAAAUAUGAUCUUCCAGCAACAAUCAACUUAAUCAUAGAGAAAACUGGACAGGAGCAACUCUACUAUGUAGGGCACUCACAAGGCACCACCAUAGCUUUCAUAGCGUUCUCUACAAAUCCAGAACUAGCUAAAAGGAUCAAGAUAUUUUUUGCCCUAGCUCCAGUUGUCACAGUAAAAUACACCCGAAGUCCUAUGAAAAAGUUAACCACUCUCUCCAGAAAAGCUGUCAAGGCACUGUUUGGUGACAAAAUGUUCUCUGUUCAUACAUUGUUUGACCAAUUCAUUGCCACCAAAGUGUGCAACCGGAAGAUAUUCCAUUCUGCAUGCAGCAACUUCCUAUUUUCCCUAGCUGGAUUUGAUCCUAAAAACUUAAACAUGAGUCGCCUGGAUGUGUACUUUUCACAGGCCCCUGCGGGAACAUCUGUUCAGAAUAUGCUACACUGGGCCCAGGCUGUUAACUCUGGUCAGCUCCAAGCUUUUGACUGGGGAAAUCCUGACCAGAACAUGAUGCACUUCCAUCAGCUUACACCUCCUUUGUAUAACAUUACUAAGAUGGAAGUUCCAACAGCAAUGUGGAGUGGUGGACAGGAUGUUGUGGCAGACGCUAAGGAUACUGAAAAUUUACUCCCAAAAGUUUCCAACCUUAUUUAUUACAAGGUUAUUCCACACUACAAUCACAUGGAUUUUUACCUUGGACAGGAUGCACCCCAGGAAAUUUACCAAGACCUGAUUCAGUUGAUGAAGGGAUGUUUGUGA